AUGCAAAGUCUAAUCUAUCUAUCAUUAUUCUUAGCAUUUCAUCUUACCUAUGUUACUUCAUCAAGUGAACAGGACAUAGCAGCAGCUAAAUGGAGAUUUGAUGAAUUUGAAUUACACAUUAGUAUUCUAACCUUUUUAAUCGCUGUAAUACUAAUUAAAAUCGCUUUCCACUACACACCAUAUCUACCUGAGUAUAUACCAGAAUCAUUAUUACUUAUAAUUGUCGGAAUUAUAUUCGGCGCUUUUAUACGUUAUGCACUUGACAAUGGUUCAGUGAAAGUUAUUGUUUGGCGGUUAACACCGAAAUACUUUUUCCUAUAUCUGCUACCACCGAUUGUACUUGAAUCAGCUUAUGGAUUGUACAACAGAAUAUUUAGUGAAUAUCUUGGUACUGUAUUGUUAUUCGCUGUCCUAGGCACUGUAUUCAAUUUUCUCUUGAUUGGUUUUAUUCUCUAUGGUUUGUAUGCAGGCGGUGCAUUUGGUUAUCCAGAAAUCACCUUGGAUUUAAAAAGUUUCCUACUGUUCAGUUCAUUGAUUGUUGCUGUGGAUCCUGUCGCUGUAUUGGCUAUCUUUCAUGAUAUUGGCUUAGAAAUGAAUCUAUACUAUAUUGUAUUUGGUGAAUCACUGUUGAAUGAUGCCAUCACAAUUGUUCUCUAUGAAAUUAUGGUUGAAUUUACUGGGAAGAAAGAAGUCACUGGUGGGCAAAUCGGCAUUGGGAUAGCAUCAUUCUUCACUGUGAGUUUAGGUGGUCUUCUGAUUGGAGUUGUCUUUGGCAUAGUGACUUGUUUAAUAACACGAAUACCUAGCCAUCUUCAAACAAUGACAGUAUUACUCCUUGCCUACUUCUCUUACAUAAUGGCAGAUUGUAUUGGUUGGUCAGGGAUUAUAUCAAUGAUUGGUUGUGGAUUGAUUCAAGCUGCAUAUGCUUUCCAUAAUAUAGACAGACGAUCAGUAAUAACUAUAGAGAAUUUUGUCAAAGUUAUCGCUGAACUCAGUGAGUCUGUAGUCUUUGUAUUUCUCGGCGUAACUGUUAUCAGUGAAAUACUUAAAUGGCAUACUGGUUAUGCUCUAUGGUCAAUGGUGAUUUGUUUAAUAGCCCGUGGGAUUGUUGUUCUAGUACUGACAGCUAUUCUGAACGCUGUCAGUGUUGAUGAGACAAAAAUUAGUCUAACAGAACAAGCAAUUCUUAUCUACGGUGGAUUAAGAGGUGGUGUUUCACUUUGUUUAGCUCUUCAAAUUCCUAAUGAAAUAUUAGGCGAAAAAGGGGCAGACAAUCAAAAUAUCAUUGUUACUACAACAAUAUUUAUUAUUCUAUUCACAGUUGGUUUAAUGGGGACUACAAUUAAACCGUUAGUGAAAGCGUUAAAAAUACGUAUGGAAGAAGAAAAAACGCUUAGUUUAUUUGCUCAGUUGAAUGAAAAUAUAUUAGAUGAAACACUGUCUGGCAUAGAAGCGAUAGCCAAUUGUAAACGACGCAAUACUGUCCGAGAAUUUUUUAUGCGUAUUGAUGAAAAGUAUAUUCGUCGUAUACUACAACGUGAUCCUGAACGUUAUGAUGAAAAAAUAUUGAAAUUAUAUGAGAAAAUCUCUUUACGCCUGCAUUAUGCUAAAAUUCGACCAAAUGAAAUGGAGAAUUUUCUUACUGAUUUACCCGAUGGAAUACGAUAUAUUUAUAUGACAAGAGGAUUUAUACCUCAUAAUGACAAUAUUGGUCAUAGUAGUUUCGUUGGAAAUGAUAUACUCAUUGAUGAUCUUGAUGAACCUGUAGAAUCACAAAAGAUGCCAAAAUGUUGUCAAGUGAAGACGACAAAAUGUCAUUGGAAAUGUAAGCGAAAAUCUACUCCUCCCAAUGAUCUUGGAGAAGAUGGUGUUACCAAUAAUCUUAAAAGCUUGAAAGCGAUAAAUCUACCACCCAGAAAGAAGACAUUAAUAUCGUCAUUGAACAAUCGAACUAAAGAACAGUCAAUCGAUAAUAUUUUAAGAUAUUCUAGACGAGCAACACUAUUACCAUAUUUUAGAAGAGAAGCAGAUUUCAAUGAUCGAUUUUUAGAUAUUUUAAGAUCACGUAAUCGUGAACUUCAGUUAAGGUUACGAGGUGAAAGGACAGAGAAAUCGAUAGCACCAUCAUCGACUUCUUCUUCUUCUCAUUCGACAACUUCACAAGAGUCAGCGGUUAUAAUAAAACCAGCUAUAACAGUCAGGCAAACACUUUCGACAUCAUCACCAUCACCACCACCACCACCAACAACAACAACCAGAAAUAUACCAUCUGUUGAAGGAGACACUCCUCUGACAUCCGUCAGACAAAAAGUGUAUCAGCCAUCAGAUUCUGUGAUAAGCGAAGUGGAAGAAGAAGAAGGCGGGAAUGGCCAACAAAACCGUUCACAAACGAUACAUGAUUUACGAAAAUAUGAUCAAAGACGAGUGCAUUACACAUAG